GGAUUCAAGAUUGUCGUGCUUUGAUUAUUACUAUAAAACAAAACUCUCAAGAGAUCCUUGAAAAUUUCAAGAAACAGAAGAAGAAGAGUUAGAAAAGGAGACAGUAAUUGGAGAUAUGUGCUGCUCUUGUGGGGAAGAUUGUGAAUGCAGGCCUUUGGGGUUUCUCUUGGGUCUCCCCUUCGCCUUUGUCUCCCUUCUCCUCUCCCUCGUUGGCGUUGUCAUCUGGAUCGUCGGGAUUUUGCUGAGUUGCUUGUGUCCGUGUUGCUUGUGCGUGACGGUGAUAGUAGAAUUGGCGUUGGCACUGAUCAAGGCUCCGUUUUCUGUUAUGAAGUGGUUCACUGAGCAGAUUCCUUGUUAGAACUCUAAUUUUUUCGUUGUCAAGUUUUACAAGUAUUGUUCCCUUAGCUUCUACCCUCGGUAAUCCCCCUUGGAUCUUCUAUUUUUUUUACCAAAAACUAUUUAUAUAGUCUCUUUUUUAAUUAGCAGCUGUAUCUGAUCAUGUUCAGACCAUAAGGCAAACCUCCUAUUCGGAGAGCCUGAUGUAUCUUCCAGUUUCAUCUACAACACAUCGAAUUUUCAAAAUUCAUGUGUGCUUAGUUUUUUUUUUUUUUCCCUAUUCUGUUUUUCCCCUGAGAGUUGACAAUUUCACUGGUAUCUUUCUCUCAGCGAUAAGAAUAAACAUCUUCAUUGGCCGUGAUAA